AUGGAAAGCAAUCCACACGAUUUUAAUUCAGUCCAUAUGAAUGGAGAUAUGGAGGUAUGUCGAGAAAAUAAUGGCUCGAUUAAUGAUACCGCAAAUAUGAGGCGAUAUUUAAUGAAUGUACCACUAAGCCAACAGUAUACUGUGAUUCCGAAUCGACCGCUUCCAUCAUAUGCAGAUGCUGGAAUAUCAUACUUAAGCAAUACGAUGCAAGAUAUUCGACCAUCAUCGAAAAGAGGGAAGGGUGGGAGGAAAGGAGAGAAGAGGACAGGCCGAAGGCAAAAACCAAAGCAUGAUGGUCGCAAUGAUAAUCCAGUGAGUAAUUUUAUGCCAAAUGACUUAUCGACAAAUGGUUUUGUAUUAUCAAAUCAAUUCCCAUCACCACAUGUAAACAUAGCGGAUCAGAGCUGCGCUGCAGAGCGAAGUGAUGCGUACACUUUCGGUCGGGCAUGUACUCGUCAUUUUGUUAGUUUUUUAAACUAA